ACAGUGUGCGCAGCCAUAUUGCUUUGACGUCACUCCAGAAAUGAAUGGUGGGAAGGAACUGGUAAUUGACAAGACUACUCCAAGCUGACGAGUUAAGUUAAGGGGGCGUUUUCUUUUGCUUUUACUGGUUGGAGGUGGGGAAUUACAAGUUGCUACCUCGACUCGAACGCAGCAGUAGGUGCCUUUGUAAUGCCGUCUUCCAAACGACUUCCUUGUUUAAGUGCACUACAAAAUGUACAAAGUAAUGGGGUCUGUGUCCUAUCUAGUGCACUAUUUAUGUAGUUGGAAGUCGUUUGGGACGGGUCAGCCUUGUAAACGUCACCGCUGGGUCCAGCUAAUCCAGCUAACACGUGAAUUUAGGUACCGAUUUUUGACUGAAGAUUACAUUUGACAUUUUGCUGUGAAACUUUAUUGCUUAUAUUUGGUUAAAUGAGGAUACGCUGUUGGAGUUUUCAGCCUUACGAGACGCUUUUUAGUACUAUAGUGUAAUAGCAAAGGCAGAGGCAAGUCACCACGCUAGCUAAGUUUAGUUGGACAGCAUCGCACAGGCCAUGGAGAACUCUGAAGAAGAUACUGUGCAGCUUCAUGGAGACGAGGAAAUCAUCGAAGUUAUUGACUUGAAUGACACAGAACAGACAACCACAGAUGAUCUUGCAGAGGAAUUGGAAGAUGUGGAUUUUGCAGAAGCUGAAGGAACUGCAGAUGAUGAAGGCUGGGAGACAGAGGAUGAGAUGGAGGCAGACCAGGAUGACAGCGAGCUCACGUUCAUCAAACACACCGGUUCUGUUUUCUGCGUCAGUUUGGACCCAGUAACAAACAACCUGGCCAUCACAGGUGCUGAGGACGACAAAGCUUAUGUAUGGAACGUCAUCGAUGGAGAGGUGUCGUUUGAGUGUACAGGCCAUAAGGACUCAGUUACAUGUGCAACAUUCAGCCAUGACUCAAAGCUGGUGGCGUCCGGGGACAUGAGUGGUCUGAUUAAAGUGUGGAAGGUUGAAGCCAAAGAGGAGAUCUGGUCUUUUGAAGUAGGAGAUCUAGAGUGGCUGCAGUGGCACCCCUGUGCACCAGUGUUGCUUGCAGGUACUGCUGAUGGCAAUAUGUGGAUGUGGAAGAUACCAAGUGGAGAAUGUAAGACCUUCCAGGGACCCAACUGUCAGGCAACAAGUGGAAAAAUCCUUCCCGAUGGAAAAAGAGCGAUGGUGGGUUAUGAGGAUGGGACCCUGCGUCUGUGGGACCUUAAGCAAGGCAAUACAAUCCAUGUCAUUAAAGGUUACGAUGGCCACCAGGGGCCACUGACAUCUAUGGAGUGCAACAAGGAUGGAACCCUGGUUCUCACAGGAUCAACUGAUGGACAGGCUAAACUCAUUAACACAUCAACAGGCAAGGUACUGGGUUCAUUCUCGAUUGAGAACACUGAGGAGAAAAACACGAUGGAGGAGCAGGAUUCCAUCUCAGUGGAGUCUGUAGGAUUUUGUAAUGUGCUGCCCCUGAUUGCUGUGGCAUAUCUGGAUGGCACUCUGGCCAUAUACGACUUGACCACACAGAGCCUUAGACACAGGUGUAAACAUGAUGUAGGGAUCGUCCAUCUUCAGUGGGAGCAGACCUCAGCCGUGGUGGCUACCUGUAAUCUAGGUGGAGUUGUGACUCUGUGGGAUGCUCGCUCAGGAAACAUGGUGGCUGAAUAUCGUGGUCACACAGCAGAGAUCCUGGACUUCACGCUCAACCGAGAUGCUUCCAUGGCUGUGACAGCAGGUGGGGACCACAAAGCCAAAGUCUUCUGUCUUCAGAGGCCUGAUCGAUAGGACAAGAUUGACUUUCCCCAUGGAUUGAAACAACCAGUUAGACUGUUUCCACAUCCUCAGAGAAUGGUCUUGCCCCCUAAUGUUUUACUGACUGAAUCCAGCUGUUUCCCAGUUCUACAGACUAGUGUUUUUACACAAUUAAGUGUAAUUUGGUGAUUACUCACAAAUUUGCUCAGACUGACUGGCUUCAGAAGCUUAAGACAUCCUGACCACUGUGAUUUUUGUUUUUGGGUGAGUCAUUCAUAAUUGCUUCAUUUAUGUGUAAUCUGUAAUGUAUAUUGGCAUUACAUUUCAAUUAUGGGUGAAUAAAUCUGAAAUUUUACCACUUUGCAUGACAAAGUGAAAUAAUCAGCACGAGUUUGUUGAUUCCUGCUGUAUACUUUUUGCUCAUGAAUUCUUUGACCUAGUUAAGACACAACCCAUUUUGACUUCUGUUUAGUCUUUUCAUGUAGUUCAUCAUCAGUAAAACAUAAGGCACACUUUGGUUAUGUAUUGAUAAUAAAGGAAUACUAAUACAUUUUUCAGCCUAAUCUUUUUCUGUUUGUCAUGUACGUGCAAUUAGCACUGACACCUUCAUGUUCAUGUUGCUCUGUACUGAGAAGGACAGAAACACAUCUACUUGAACAUCGCUUCUAAUGGUAGCCUAAGAGCAGUUGUUGGUGGAAUAAAUAAACAUUUAUAUGGAAAAAUG